AUGGAGAUAAACAACAGUAAGGAGGAUAUUUCUCAAAAAGAGAUAUGUUCAUUGUCUCACCUAAUUUCUUCGUUAUCUUCAGAAGAUCAAAAUGAAUUAAACCCUUUGCAAGAGAUCUUCCGUUCCCACUCUUCUGAGCCUAAGGAUGAUGUCACCAAGAACAUUGAUCAGAGAGACAAAAGGGAUCAUUGCAACAAGAGUAACCGUGCGACUAAACGAUACCGUUCCAUGGAGUAUCGUGUGAUGAUGGAGAAGAAAAGACGGCAGCUUAUAAGAGAUAAAGUAGAUAUAUUGCAGGCGAUGACGCCUUAUUGCGCAAAGUCGGACCUUGCAACCAAGCUUGAAGGCAUCGUAGAAUACAUGAAAAGUUUGAAACAUCAGAGAGAUAUUAUGUCCAAGGCAUACACAGAGUCUGCGGGUUACAUGUCACCAUUUUAUGCAGCUCAAGCACCAUGUAUGGCUCCUCCAUACACUACUCCUUGGUGCUAUUAUGCGCCAGGAAUCCCAAUGAUGCCUCACCAAAACAUUCCCUUUAACCCGCUAUUUCGUCAGUUUACAUCACAGACACAUGACAAGGCGCCGCCUGAUCUAACUCAAUAAGCUCUUAUCUUCGUAGCUUCUUAAGACCCUGCGGCUUUGGAUUCGUUUCUUUUUUCUACAAGAGACUGUUCUUGUAAAAUUAGAUAUAUGUAGUUUGUGACAACACUUACUUCCUCUGUUUUGUUCUGUUUUGCUCAA